UGCUCUUUUCAGAAAAGAAGUCCUAGUUUUGGUUGAGUGCUUGCUUUUCUUCUUGUUUGCAUCUUUAUUUCAGUACUUUUAUCAAUACAUAUUAAAAGUUGCCAGGUGAUUUGUUUUGUUUAAACCUGAGACUUCUGACCUGAUAAGGUGCUGUAUUUCUUUCAAGAUGAAGCAGCAAAUGUCAGGAUUAGAAGAAGGCUUUUAUUUGUAAGCCUUUGUUUUGAUAUUAAAAUCUGACAGUGAUAUCAAAACCACUUGUGGUGAUGUGCUGCCACCUGCUGUCUGCUUCCUGUCACCGCUCAGGCUGUCCAUCUCCGAGAAGAGACUGCUGGGCCUCAUCCGAAAAGUAACUCUAUGAUAUGACCAUGAUCCAUGAUGAGGCUUCGAUCAUAGUCCUUUAGUCAGGUCAAGUCAGCAUACUGGGGAAAACUGCAGAUCCUUUGCCUGAAUUCCUUCUACCCCUCAGAAAAAGGAAACAUCCACCGCCCACACAGCUGAUUCUGAAACUCCUCAAAAUUUAAAAAACAGAAUCUGCUGGGUCCACUCUGGUCGGAGUCUGCUGUCUGAAUCUACAGGCUGCAAAUCAUGUGGAGCUGAAUGAGGACCCAAACGUAGAUGACAAUUGCAGGCAUAACAAGUCGGCAUAAGUUGAAACAUUGUCAUGGUAAAAGAAAAAACACCAACAAGUACCAAAUAACCUAAACUGGGAAAUAAAAUAAAAAAGACACGUGACAUGCGUAACAGGAAAUAAGUCAGAGCGCUGGUUAGCGGUGUGUUCAUUGUGCGUUUCCUGAUCUACAGCAGCACUGUUACACCAAGAGCACAAAACAACUGAAGCAGCUUUCCCUGCUCACUGAAAUCUCCAGAAACACAGCUCCAGAAACAUGAAUGAACCACUAAAUGUGACAGAUGGCCAGACCUGUGAUUAUGUCAACACAUCAGUCAACGCUUUCUUUAUGCUGGUCUACAGUCUGGUCUUUCUGGUGGGUUUACCCCUCAAUGGCUUCAUCAUGAAGUUUUACUUUUGUGGAGCUCAGCAGCAGGCAUCGAGCAGCUUGAUGGUCUACCUGAAGAACCUGACAGCUGCUGACUUCCUGCUUUGCCUCUCUCUGCCACUGCGCAUCAGCCACUAUGCUAGCAGCUCUCUCAUUAUUCAGCUGCUCUACUGCAGCUUUGGGGCUUCUGCUUUCUUCCUCAACAUGUACGCCAGCAUCAUAUUUAUGGGGUCCAUUGCUGCUGACAGGUAUCUGAAAAUUGUUCAUACUUCACAAAUGCACAUGCUGCAGACAGUACAAGCAGCAAACAUCAUCUCCAUGGUCACCUGGAUUUUUCUCCUAGUUCCUGCCAUCACCUACACCAUCCUGUUUUUCAUCACCCAAGAACCUCGGAGUUCUACCCUGAGCCACUGUGGUUCCCUCUUUAGUGCAUCAGUCAGCCUGGUCUUCAAAAUAAUUCACAUCAGCUGCACCAUCAUCUUUCUCGUGGUCUUCAUAGCCAUGGUCUUCUUCUACUACAGCACCUCCCGCAGGGUGUUGCAGGCACAGCAGACACAGCUGGCCUCCUCUGAGAAGCUGGUGAAGUCUCGCAGGAACAUGUUGGUGCUGGUCAGCAUCUUCUGUGUUUGUUUUGUCCCCUAUCACCUGGUUCGACUUCCCGCCACUUUUCUUUUGAACAGCUGUUCUGUGGGUCCAGUGUUGUUCUACCUGAAGGAGGCUGCCACCAUGGUGUCAGUUUUCAACGUCUGUCUGGACCCUCUUGUUUACUUUUUCCUCAGUAAGACUCUUUCGGGCUCAAGUGAGAAAGGCGUCCAGGAGAGCCAACAUUCAACAAACGAACAAGCAACAGGUCAAAUUGGUGAGCUGUGAGGAAAACAACGCACUUUAUUAAAUGUAUGAAAUGUGAGUUUUAUUUUGUCUAAAAUACUGUUUUAAUAUUUA